UCUGCUGAACACAAAGGAAAAAAACUUUACAAUCUGUAAAUCAUAAAAUAAAUUUAAAACAAUGGUGUCAUUUACUUGCAAAGUGUCUGUGACCACUGGCAAGAUGGCUUUUGCUGGAACCAAUGACAAUGUUUAUAUCACCCUGAUAGGUACUGAUGACACAAGUGACACCUUUAAUCUGCACAACUGGGGUCAAAAUCUGGUCCGUGGAACUACUAAUGUCUACUACUUUAGUUGCAAAAAACAUCUGGGGGACAUUGUGCUGAUCAGGCUGGAAAAAUCUCCUCAUCUGCUUGGAGAUGACUGGUUCUGUUCGAUGGUGACAGUGGAGUUUGAGGAGAAAACCUACAACUUCCCUUGUUACAGAUGGCUGAAGGGGAAAGAGAGCCUUGAGCUGAGAGAGGGCAAAGCAAAGAAGCCACAGGAAGAUCAACUUGACAUCCUGCAGAAACACAGAAAGAGUGAGCUGGAGAGCCGGAGGACCUUGAUUCAAUGGGCUGCUACAGAAGAAAACAUUCCAAAACAUGUGCAUUAUGAGAGACCAGAGGAUUUGCCUUCAGAGCUGCAAUUGUCAUACACCAAAGAGACUGAAUUGAACUUUUCAAUUUUCAAAGCUCUAGCAGACCUUGGCCUGGGAGGUAUUACAUGCAAUAGGGAUUCCUGGGAGAGUAUGAAGAUCUAUGAGAAAUUCUUCAACCACUACAAAACAACAAAUAUAUCAGAGAAAGUGCAAAAAUAUUGGAAGGAAGACAGUUUUUUUGGAUACCAGUAUCUAAAUGGCACCAACCCCAUACUGAUCAAACAGUGCAAACAGAUCCCACCAAACUUCCCAGUUACCAAUGACAUGGUCCAUGAAUUCCUGGAAAAAUCCAGCUCCCUUCAGGAAGAAUUGGAGAAAGGAAGUAUCUAUCUGGUGGACUAUGAACUGCUUGAUGGCAUUGAAACCAAUAUUAUCGAUAACAAAAAACAAUACCUUCCUGCUCCUCUCUGCCUUUUGUAUUUGGAUAAUGAAGAAAACCUGAUGCCCAUUGCCAUUCAGCUUGAGCAGAAGGCAGGACCAGAAAACCCCAUAUUCCUGCCCAGCGACUCUGUCUGCUGGCUCUUGGCGAAGACUUAUGUGCGCAGUGCUGACUUUAACUAUUUCGAGUUGGUUACUCACUUACUGCGAACCCACCUGUUGGCAGAGGUAUUCUGUGUUGCCACACUCAGGCAGCUACCCUCAGUGCACCCUGUGUUCAAGGUCCUGAUUCCUCACAUGCGAUAUACCCUUCACAUCAAUAUUUUGGCAAGAAAUACACUGGUUUCCAAAGGUGGUGUUUUGGAUGAGGUCAGCAGCUGUGGAGGAAAGGGGAUCUCUGAAGUGAUACAGAGAGGUUUGACUUCCCUGACUUACAGCGCCCUCUGUCUGCCGGACGACAUCGCCGCUCGUGGGGUAGGAGGAAUACCCAACUACCACUACCGCGAUGACGGCCUUAAACUGUGGGCUGCGAUCAACAGGUUUGUGGAAGGCAUACUGAAACAUUACUACCCAGCAGACAAAGAUGUCCUGGAAGACACAGAGCUGCAGGCCUGGAUAGAGGAUAUCUUCACCAAUGGGUUCUUGGGAAGGGAACAGUCAGGUAUUCCAGAAACCUUCCUCACCGUUCAUGAACUAACUAACUUUCUCACCGUGGUCAUAUUCACCUGCUCGGUGCAACACAGCGCAGUCAAUAGUGGACAGUUUGACUAUUGUUCCUGGAUGCCUAACGCUCCCCCCACCAUGACCCGCCCUCCUCCCACUACGAAGCAGGAUCUCAUCUUUUCUGAGCUCAUUCACAGCAUAGCUGAUAAAAACAGCACCUUAAAGACUCUGGCUGUCACAAGGAUGGUCAGCUACUCUUAUCUUGACAAAGUUAAACUGGGAGACUAUCCAGAGAAACAAUUCACAGAGAAAAGACCCCAAGAUCUGAUUUUAAAAUUCAGAUCUGAGCUGGAGAAGAUUGAGGAUGAAAUAAAUGCUCGCAACACAAGCAUUGAAAUUAAAUACACAUACAUGCUUCCAUCUGUUGUGGAGAACAGUGUGGCUGUCUGAAUGUUACUCUCAAGAGGCACAUUCUAAACUCAGUGUUUUGCCUGUUUUGUUUCAUCCUGAAUUUAAA